AACUCGUAAUAUAGUUACCGAAUGUUGGAACGAUUUUUGAGCCGUAUUUCGUGACUGCUAGCCGAUACGUCACAAGAAAAAAAUGUGUUCACUCAACGAUUAUCUCGAUGAGUUUCAUUGCUUUUAUCAUUCAUUCGUGAAUAUUAUGCGGCCUGGAUCGCAAAUUACAGACUCAUCGCGCAUAGAGGAAAUAUGGAGCAUGGAUAUUUUAUUCGAUACGAUAUUUGAAGAGCGUUUGGCACGGAGUGGGUGAAAUUGUAGCGAUCGGUCUGAUCAAGAUCGUUUCACUAAAUUCUUUGAUCCCUCAACUAACAUUUUGUUUGAAAAAAAAUGAAUCAAUCCGAAAAACAUAAAAAAGUAGGUUCCUAUUUGAUUCGUGCUCGAUCAGCUACUAGGUACAGUUAAGUUUGCCGCCUCGUCGCCGGCGCAGCCAAGGCCAUGUGCCGUGUGCCAAGUGGCAAGAGCAGCACCUUGGACAUCCGUCGCCAUGGUUAUAAGGUGCACCGCACACGUGCCAAAACAACAACACAGAGUCGCUGCGCCCGCUAGAAAUCGCGGAGCUCGCCCAGCCAGCAAAGUACGACUGUCGAGGGUGAAAUCGAAGAUUGGAAAGUAUGAUCCUGUCGCGAGCCAAGCCGGCCUCGGGCGAUGGCGUCGCGGCGUCACGCAGCUCGACCGGCAGACCCCGCGACUCCAUCCCCUCGCUGGAGGAGCUGCUGAUGAGGCGCGACUACAUGGGCGCCCUGACCCUCCUCGAGUUCGGCGACGUGGCCGCGUUCGGCGGCAGCGACUCCGUGGCCCAGUGGCAGGCCUACUGCGCCUUCCACCUCGGCGACUACAAGCGCGCGGCCGAGCUGUACGAGCGCUUGGCCUCGCCUCGGCGUCCCGUCCAGCUGGCCUGCUGCCUCUUCUAUCUGGGCAUGUACCCGGAGGCGCAGAGGUGCCUCGACGAGGCCGAGCCGGCGGCCGACGGCAUCGAGCAGCUGAAGAAUCGGCUGCGUCUGCACCUGGCCCACAAGCUCGGCGAGCGGGCCCAGGCCAAGGAGUGCGAGGAGCGUCUGCUCGCCGACCAGUCGGUCGAGGAUCGGCUCUGCCUGGCGGCGGUGCACUACCUGCAGGCCCAUUAUCAGGACGCCAUCGACAUCUACAAAAAGGUCCUUCUCGAGAACAGGGACUUUUUGGCGCUCAACGUUUACGUGGCUCUGUGCUACUACAAGCUCGAUUACUUCGACGUGGCCCAGGAAGUGCUGCAGGUCUAUCUGCAAAAGCACCCGGACAGCGCGACGGCCGUCAAUCUCAAGGCCUGCAAUCACUUCCGUUUGUUCAAGAGCACCGCCGACAUGGUCGAGAUGAAGCAGCUCGUCGACAAGGUCUCGACGAGCAGCCGCUUCGGCAACGAUCUCAUCCGUCACAACAUCGUCGUAUUCAGAAACGGGGACGGCGCCUUGCAGUACCUGCCGAAUCUCGUCGACGUCAUCCCCGAAGCUAGGCUCAACUUGGUCGUGUACUACCUCAGACAGAACGAGAUUCACGAGGCUUACGAGCUCAUCAAGGAGCUCGAGCCGACGGUCCCUCAGGAGUACAUCCUUAAGGCCAUCGUCAACGCCGUUCUUGGCCAAGACAAAAAUUCCCAAGAACACAUUAAAAUAGCCCAGCAGUACUUUCAACUGGUCGGAACUUCAGCCUCGGAAUGCGACACCAUACCCGGCCGACAGUGCAUGGCUUCCUUUUAUUUUCUCUAUCGCCAGUUCAAGGACGUGCUCAUCUAUCUCAACACUAUCAAGACGUACUUUUCCAACGUUGACAGUUUCAACUUUAAUUACGCUCAAGCUCAAGCGGCAACCGGCCAUUACAAGGAAGCCGAGGAUGCCUUCCUCGCCAUCAGGAACGAGCGAUUUCGCAGCGACUUUACUUACGCGAGCCUGCUGUCUUAUUGCCAUAUAAUGAAUAAGAAAGGUCAGCUAGCCUGGGAAUUGUACCUGAAAAUGGAUCCUUCGCCCGAGUCCUUCAGCCUUUUGCAGCUGAUAGCCAACACUUGCUAUACGGUCGGCGAAUUUUGGUACGCAGCCAAGGCUUUCGACAUGCUCGAGCGACUGGACCCGUCGCCUGAGUUUUGGGAAGGCAAAAGAGGAGCUUGUUGCGGAACUUUUCAGUACAUCGUAGCCGAGAAACUACCGAGAGAAUUACUCACUGAAGUGAUCAAAUUACUGAAAAAUACAACUAAUUCCCAGGUGGAACAGAUAAUUCGAGUGAUGAAAAAGUGGGCCAAAGAAAAUAGGGUAGUCUGUUAGUUACUAUCUGCUGAUUAGU